AUGUGCUGGCCCAGCCGAACAAAAUACUACCGCGAGCCCGUCGUCCGUGAAGUCGUCUAUGCCCCUCGACCCGUUUCCCGAGGUCACCAUCAUCAUCACCACCCCCGACGCGUCUCGGUUACUUCCGUCUCUUCGAGACCGGUUAGUCGAACGUAUGUUACUACUACGGCUAGUCCGAGAGCGAGCCGAACGAGUUAUAGUAGCUCGACUUAUAGGAGGUAUUGA